UAUUCAUAAAAUAAUCUCUUUACGUGUUCUGCCGUCUCAAGAGUUGAUAGAUGGACAUUUGCACACCUGAGUCCUCCAAUUUACAAAUUCAGUAAAAAAGGUCAAUGAGAUUCAAAGGUGAUAAAGCCACCAUGGCCUGCUAUACCAGUCAUCCUGAUUUAUUCAUAGAUAUUAACUUAACAGGAUCCACAUUUUAAAAUCAGACUCUCAAUAAAAACAUUGCAUUGAUUAUGAUUCACUUAGCUUUGGAAGAGUGGUGUAUAUAAGAAAGGAGAGCAUUCAUCUGCCUCAUUCACCAAAGCCUGACCUGAUAGGACCUUCAACCUGCUGCAGAGAUGAUCUGUAACCUGCUUCUGUCCUGCUCUGUCCUCCUGCUCUCCUGCAGUCAUCUUUUAGCACAUCCUGUUACAGACACAGCUGACAUGACUUACAGUGGCCCUGAUUCAGUGGAAGAGGCCGGAGGGGUCAAUCCAGAUGAUUUCUCUGUCUCUGAUCUCAAUGAAUACCUGCAGAGGGCGGCAGUCGCAGGAUAUUCCCCACUGUUCAGCCAAGAGAAUAUCAAAGUGCCUGGGCAGAUUCCUAAAGAGGCUCUUAGAGAAUUACUGUUAGAAAAACCGUAUCGCCUCAUUCCUCCCCGUGGUCUGUGGGGCAGCAGAAGACAGUUCAGGAAGAGAGGCGGCGGUGCAGAUUGCUUCUGGAAGUACUGUAUUUGAGGCAUUUGUGACAUACUGAACUGAGUCACAGGGCUUUUAUAGCUUUUCCUACCAGUUUGGACUCUCUCUCUCUCUGUCUCUCUCUCUCUUUCUCUCUCUCUCUCUCUCUCUCUCUCUCACAC